AUAGAACACAACUAUGACUAUAGCUAGCAUUUUUGUCAAAAAAAAACACUUUAGAUUUAGCUAGCACAGCAUUAAUUGAUAAGUAAAAGUGUAACUCUUUUAUCCAAACGGACUUAUUUUACACUACACACCGUUAUGCAUUGAUAAUAGCUAUAAAAAGCGCAGCGGCGAAAACGAAACUCCUUUACAAAAAAACCAAACAACUCUUCCAAACUCUGCCGCCAAAAAUAUCACUCUCAUCUCUAAACGCACCGUUUCAUACACUCACUUCAAUAAUCAUCAAUUACUACUUCAUUCUCCUUCACCACCGUGUUUUUCUUCUCGAAUGCCGAGUCACUGACUCACUCACUCACUCAUUCACUGACUCACCAUAACCGACCAAAAAGACAACAAUGUCCUCGCGUCGCCACUCACUCAGCGGCCCUCCUCAACUCACCGGCACACCUUCCACUCACGAGCUCCGGCAACGAGUCAUCAACUGUCUCAACAAACUCUCCGACAGGGAUACACUCGCCGGCGCCACCGUAGAGCUUGAAUCCAUCGCUAAAACGCUAAACCAAGACUCGUUUUCUUCUUUUCUCUCAUGCAUUCAUAACACUGAUUCAUCUUCCAAAUCACCGGUUCGUAAACAAUGUGUUAAUCUUUUGAGUCUUCUCUCGCGUUUCCACGGUGAUGCUCUUUCUCCUUUUUUGUCUAAAAUGAUCGCCACCGUCCUCCGACGGUUGCGAGAUCCGGAUUCCGUUGUAAGAUCUGCUUGUGUCGACGCUGUUGCUGAGAUGUCGUCGCGCAUUACUCGUCCGGCGUUCUCUGUUGCGUUUCUGAGGCCGUUUAUGGACGCUUUAGCGAUGGAGCAGGACGCGAAUGCGCAGAUCGGAGCUGCGUUGUGUCUUGCUGCGGCUGUUGAGGCGGCGCCGGAGCCGGAUGUGGAGUCGCUCCGGCGUACAACGCUUCCGAGGCUAGGGAAGCUUCUGAAGACUGAGUCGUGUAAGGCGAAGGCGCCGUUGUUGGUGCUGAUCGGAAGUGUGGUUGCUGUUGGUGGUGCUUCGAGUCGUGCAGCGAUGAACUGGUUGGUUCCGUGUCUUGUUGAGUUCCUCGGAAGUGAGGAUUGGACUGUUAGAAAAGCCGCCGCCGAGGCGUUGGGGAAGGUGGCUUCGGUGGAGAAAGAUUUGGCGUCACAUCAUAAGGUUUUGUGUUUGGAUUCGUUGCAGAAUCGAAGAUUUGAUAAGGUUAAAGUUGUUAGAGAGACUAUGAAUCGUUCAUUGGAUAUGUGGAAGGAAGUAAAAGAUAUUUCUGAAAAUGUUCCUGCUCCGGUUAAACCUGCAUGUGCUUCAGUAGGCACUGAUGAUGGUAAAGGUCAGUAUGUGACCAAAAGUUCACCCUUUAUUGGCUCUAAAUCGUCCCAACCAAAGAAAACCGUCCCUUCAAUCAGGUCCCCUCCAUCUACCAUUUCAGUUUUAUCCUCUGGCAAAAAAGGGAGUCUUUUAAAGAGUAAUGACAAGGACUCAAGAAUGGGGACGUUGUACCAGCGGCGGGAUCAUGACAAAUCAUCCGAUGACAAACUUGAAAUGCCAGUAUUGAAGUCCUCCCUUUCAAAUACGAGUACGACCAACGAAGAUGAUAUUAAAAGGUGUGAUCUUGAAGCUUCAAAGUCAGCCUCAUAUCUGAAUGCGACAAAUUCAAAAGCUGAUGUAAAGCAAGUUUUCUAUAGCAAAAUAUCUGACGAGAAAUUGCGGAAGUUUGGUGGUGGUUCUAAAGCUCGUGUAGUUCCAUGUUCUGAUGAUGACCAGCUUGACACAGAUGUUACUGCCAACAAUGUAAAUGAUGUUUGUGAAAGCCCACAAGAUGUUGAGGAUUUGUCUUUGAUCCGGGAACAACUUCUUCAAAUUGAAAACCAGCAAUCAAACCUGUUAGACCUCCUUCAGAGAUUUAUUGGAACCUCUCAAAAUGGGAUGAAUUCUCUGGAGACACGUGUAUAUGGUCUAGAGAUGGCCUUGGAUGAAAUAUCAUAUGAUUUGGCCGUAUCAAGUGGCAGGAUUCCCAAUAGUGAUGCCAUAGAAGACAUGUGUUGCAAGCUACCUGGUACUGACUUUUUGAGUUCUAAAUUCUGGAAGAAGACAGAAAGUCGGUAUACAACGCCAAGGUUCUCUUUUGGAAGCUCAACAUCAACUAAUCUUGUGCAUAAUGCAACUGAUAGAAAUGGAAGCAAAGAAAUAUUAACUACAAAUAGCAAAAGAUUUCAGCAUCGUAGGGAUGAGGGUGGAUAUAUUGUGAAUCCAUUAGCAGAAAUUCAAAGCGAUUUGAAAGGUCGUUCAGGGCAUCAUUCGUAUAAAAUGUCUAAAAACUUUGUUCAAGAUGCUGGGAGUGCACAAGGUAACAGUUCCACCAGAUUUGACGGCAUUCCAUCAAGUGGAGUACUGAGAAGCCAAAAUAUCAGGUCAUCUGCGUAGAGAAGACAGAAUGUCAAUGGCUAUUUUAUUGCAGAAAGCAUCAGACUCACGGACACGCAGAUCACUAAUCUUCUUGCAUGUUUGUCCGAGUUGCAGCGCACGAGAGUUGGUUACCUUAUAAAGAGAUUAUUGCUAAAUUAUGUUUAGAGAAGGUUUUUCUUUUCUACAAAAUUGUCCAUAGUGAAGCAGAAUCAUCAGCAUGUGGAUUCGGAUGUAAAAUAGGCGUAGGAGUUUUCUAAAUGUGUAGCUUAAAUGUAGAAAUGUGAUGCAGACCUAGGAGUUUUCUUGAUAUGUAUCUUAAUAAUUAAAAAUUUAUAUUAUUAUAUUAUGUCUUUGGCCCUUUGCCAUUGGCAGUGGAUAGAAAAGAAAGUGAUUAUCCCGUGUUCAGAAGAAUUCACCCUCUAA